AUGACGAGUUUCGAUCAACCUCCUUUGUAUUAUCAGGAAGGAAUAUUUCUGAAUGAUGAUCAAACAACAGUAGGGCACGAAUUGGUUGUCGAGUAUAAGAAUCUUGUUUCGGUUUUUCGAAAUUUUAUUCGCGAAUUUUGUACUGGUGGUUUUUCAAUGAUUUACCGAGAACAAUUAAUGAAAAAUUACAAUGUUGGAAAUUUUUUCCUAGAAAUAUCAUUGGAUGAUCUUAAACGAUUCGAUGAAAGCGCAACAAUGAAACUUCGUCGUUAUCCUACAAGAUUUCUCCCCGCCCUAGAAGAAGCAGCCAAACAAGUUGUGCAAGAAUUAUUACCUUAUGAUGGCAAAGAUAAAGAUGAAAUACCCGAUAUACAAGUCACUCUCACAAUGGGUGAUAUUCCUUUAAGUAUACGUGACAUUAAGAGUAAUCAAGUUUCACAUAUGGUCAAAAUUUCGGGUAUUAUUGUCGCUGCUUCACAAGUACGAGCUAAAGCGACUAAAAUAACUUUACAGUGUCGGACAUGUCGUCAUACCAUCAAUAACAUUGAACUGAAACCCGGUUUGGAUGGAUUCACUUUGCCGAGAACUUGUGCAGGCAACCAAAUAAAUCAGCUGCAGCGGUGCCCAGUUGAUCCAUACCAUAUAAUGCCAGAUAAAUGUUCUUGUGUCGACUAUCAAACAUUAAAAUUACAAGAAAAUCCUGAAGAUGUUCCUCAUGGCGAAUUACCACGACAUUUGCAGUUAUACUGCGAUCGAAUUCUUAGUGAUCGAGUUUCUCCCGGCAAUCGAGUAACUGUUGUUGGUGUAUUUUCUAUCAAAAAAGUCUUUCAGAAGAAUGUUCGUUUCAGUAUUCUCAUUUAA